UUUGUGAACUUGUGCCGAGCCACCCAGAUGCCGUCUAAAGAUCACCGCCGAGACUUUCGCCAGCCACGUGAUCGGUUCAACCUGAACUUAUUGAAACGAAGUAGAUAGAUGACAACCUUCUUAGAACAAAGGUAUGGCAAGCUUGAUGGUGAACACCUCUAGUAAAAACAGUUCGCGCAGUGGAUCUCCUAGUAGGACAACUUCGACGUCUCAACUGCAGCAACAACAACCGACAGCAAACUUGGAUCAUACUCCAAGAUUGCGUAAUGCCCCAAUUUCUCAAGGAGAGGGUAGUACAGGCAGUGGAAGUAGUGGUGGUGGCGGUACCGGAAGUAGCCUCAACAUGAAAGGCAGCAACAGACAAAGGUCACCAGGAAAUUUAAUCCGCACGGGGGAUGCCAUGGAUGAACCAAGUAAUACUUCAAACACUGCCGAACCAGACGAGUUUGUGCCAAAUGUUCAUCCACCGACUGAUGACGAAGGAGAACAAUAUCACACAACCCAAUCGUUCCUAUCAAAUGGUUCUUCUGAGUUGAUAAGCGAUGAUGUCGACUCUAGUGCAGCACGAGUUCGUCAAGCUAUUGAACAUAUUCAAAGCAAAAUUGCUAAAACACGAGAACAGAUAAGAAUAGAACAAACCACGCGGGAUGAAAACGUCAAUGAAUAUUUGAAAUUGGCUGCUAAUGCAGACAAGCAGCAAUUAACUAGGAUUAAAACGGUAUUCGAAAAGAAGAAUCAAAAAUCGGCGCACAGUAUUUCACAGUUACAAAAAAAGUUAGACAGCUACACAAAAAAAUUAAGAAAUUAUGAAAUGAAUGGUGCACCGACGAGUCAUAGACAACCGAGAGAAAUGUUACGCGACAUGGGACAAGGACUUAAACAUGUAGGAGGAAACAUUAGGGAUGGAAUCACUGGUUUUUCAGGAACUGUAAUGUCUAAACCAAGAGAGUUUGCUCAUCUUAUUAAAAAUAAAUUUGGAAGUGCCGAUAAUAUAAAUACUUUAUCACAUGGCUCGACUUUUUAUGUAAACGAUACACCGCAUGCAGGUAAUGGUGAUAACGCUAGCGUUGAAGAUGAUAAAACUCAUCAUGGAUCGGCUACGCUUCCGGGUGGAUGCAGUUUGGGAUCUACCCAAAGUGCAGCAGCUAUGAAGUUUCCGUCUGAGGAAGGAUCGGAAUGUUCUAGCGUAACUAGUGAAAGCGGCCCUGGUAGUAGAGGACAGCCGCAUACAUGUCACAGUAAUAAUGCAGCCUUGAGUCUCAAAUCUAUUUUUGCAGAACUACAGGAACACCGGGAGAAUCUUGAUCGAAUGAGAGAAAAAUUAGAUAGUGUAAAGACAUUACAGCAGGAAGUGACAUAUCUUUCCCAUUCCCUCCAAGAAGAACGUUUUAGGUGCGAACGUUUAGAAGAGCAGAUUAAUGAUUUAACAGAAUUGCAUCAGAACGAAGUAGAAAACUUAAAGCAAACUAUCACAGAUAUGGAGGAGAAAGUGCAAUAUCAAAGUGAAGAUAGAUUACGAGAUAUACAUGAGAUGUUAGAGAGUUGUCAAACUAAAAUUUGUAAAAUGGAACAUCAACAACAACAGCAUCAACAAUAUGUGACAUUGGAGGGUUUAGAUAAUAGCAAUGCGAGAGCGUUAGUUGUAAAAUUGAUAAAUGUAGUAUUGACAGUAUUGCAAGUUGUUUUGCUCCUUGUUGCAACGGGUGCUGGUAUUAUGAUGCCUUUUCUCAGAACUAGCUGUACUAAGCCUCAUUGUUUCAUGUGCAGGGUGCGUAUAUUAACGACUACAUUCGUUGUACUGGGAAUAGUAUUUGUGUUAAAGCAAUGGCCUGAGGUACAUGACGUUGGCAGCCACCUCAUGCGCCAUCUCAAACAGACGCUCGCCAUGAAGUAGUAUUGGUGGAAUACUUAAAUUUAAUCAAACCUUGUGAUGAAGCUGGGCUAGAUUGGACACAUUGAAUGAAACCUUGCAUCCAUUUAUCAGUGUUGUAACACAUUGGAGCAAUAAUAGUAUGUAUACGCGUAAAUAAGUUUAUCUUUUGGGUUGUUUAAAUUUAUUAUUAUAAUAUAUAUGUAUUUUUGAUACUAUUAUUUAAAUUGACAAAGCUAUUUUGCUAUAGGAAAAUACGUGAUUUUCAAAUUAAUUUGUACAAACUUUCAUUAAUUUCGUAUAAUUUAUAUCUUUUCAUUUUUGGUAAGACUUUAUUUUUCACGAUCGUGACAUUAGCGAUUUACCAGUGUUGAAACAAAUGAUACUAGAGAAGCUUCUACAUAUAUUAAGACACGAAGAAUUGUUGAAAUACUACACACAAUGACACUGCUUGACUAUAUGUAGCACAUUAUUAUGGAAAUUUAAUUUCAAUUAGCAGUGUAUCUUUGCAUUAAUUUCUUUGAUCAAAUGUAAAAGUAGUAGAAAAAAUAUCGAGUGAAAAAGUGAUGCACACCAGGAUAUUGUCUUCAACCUCCACCAUCGGUCCAGUUACAAUUUGUCGAUGUACAAUCGAUUUAUUUUAAAUCUUCUUGGAUAUAUAUGUCGAUAAAUCAAGAAUUUGUAACAUCCAAAUCGUCCAAAUGCUAAACAAUAAUGUAAGUUAAGACAGAGCUCUUAUAUCAUUACAGAUAGCUGCUGUCCGGCAUUGUAUAAAGUAUGAGGUAGUGCGUACUGUAUAUUUACUUGUUAUUUGUAAUAUCCGAUAAAAGUAUAAGUUCUCUAGGAAAUGAAAGCUUUUUUAAUUGUUGUUGCAUUGUAUAAAAUAGCUAGUAUAUAAAUUGAGUCACGCAUGCAAUGAAAGAGAAAUGAAGAAUUUCACUGAAGAAACAUCUCUCGUUGAAAGAUUUUUAAAAAAUCGUGAGUACUAGAUUUGGACAUAAAUAAAAAUGUUACAUACACAUAUACAUGUGCUGCUACAUCCGAUAUCAAAGGAGGACCAACCGUCUCUUCCCUCUUAUCCUACGAUAGGAUUUACAUCGCACAUAUAAUGUUAAAGUUAUAAUAAUGAAGACAAGAAUGAUUUUCAUUAAUUCAAUGAGUGAUUUAAUCAUCAAAAAAUCAUAAAUUUGCAUGUAUAUUAUAACGAGCAUAAAGAAUUGAUCCAUGACAGUUAGCUGAAAUGAGAAAAAGACUGAAGGAUUACAUUGCUGUAUAAUUAUGUUUACUUUGACAUUGGCGCUAUAAUUUUAAGUGUUUAGUACUGGAAAUUAUAACAUUAGAAUAUAAUACAAAUUUAUGGAAAUGAGAAGUACUUGAUAUAUCGCAAAAAUAGGAUGAAUUAAAAUAACAGCAGCAUUCAGAAAUAAGACUUAGCACCUAAUUUGUGUUUCUUCUUUGUAUCGUUACUCUUUGAUAACAGAGCAUAAGUAUGACUUUUAUAUUCAUUAUGUUAUAAUACAAUUUUCUAAUUUUUGCAGUCAGGAUGAUUCAGGUCUGAUAAGCACCAUUAUUAUUCAAAACAAAUGCAGCACGAUAUACGUUAAAUAAUUAACUAUAUAAAUGAAGAUUUUUAUCUUAUUUAAAUCAUUAUGUCGUGCUGCUUUCGUCUUGCACAGAAAUUUUAAUGUUCUUAUUUUACGCUAUAUAUGUGUACAACAAAGUAAUAGUAAUUAGCUUAUAAUUAACAGUUCGGUAUCUGUGUCAGUUUACUGACAUGUAACGUAUAUAACAACGGAA